AUGUAAUAAACCACCACCACUUAAGAUAAAAGGACUCUUUUGAAUAAGGAAAUUAAAUAUGUUAAUUAAUAAAACGAGGAUGAACUUAAGCAAAAGAAAAAGUAUAUCUUAUUUAUUCAUAAUGUUCCUUAAGACCUCGAAACUAGUGCUUUACACAAUUUUAUGUCUAAUUAUGGUGAAAUUAUCAAUCUUAAGCUUAAGAAGACCGAACAAAACAAGAAUUUAGGUUAUGGUAUCGUUGAAUUCAAAACUGAAGAAGCCUACAAUAAAAUUUUCAAAGAACAGGAGUUAAAUGGUAAGAUUUCUAUUCCAAACUCUAACAUAUCUAUCAAUGUCUAAAAGUUCAACGAUAGCAACAGAAAAAAGGCAAACAGAUUACUCGUUCUUAAUUUAUUCGAACAAGAAAUCCCAGCUGAUUAAAAGGAAUAGAAGGCUUAAUAAAUCAACAUCAUUUUCGAGCAAAUUAAGAAAGACCUUUAAGUUCCUCAUUUCAAAUUCUACACUGAAUACAACCAUAAAUAGAAGAAUUUCUGGGUCGUUUUUGAUUUCUAAUACGAUGAUGAUAAGCAAGAAGAGCAUAUUUAUAAGACUAUUAAGGAAAAAGUUGAAAAGAACUUCUCAUAUUCAGGAGCCUAAAACAAGGGACCUUCUAUUAUCUUCAAAUCUAAUGAAAAAAAGUGA